CAAGCAUCCCCUUGCAUGAAUAAUGCUGUAUGUGCAUUAGAUUUUAAGGAAAGAAACGUGUAUAUAUACUGUAGGAUCGGUCUACGUCUGCGGGUUCGAAUUUCACGCCGAAAGUUUCCAAUGUCAGCCGCAGAAGUUGAAACCAGCCGAUCUAGAAAUGUAGUAUCUGUUUGCAGUGGAACACAGGCAAACCAGCAGGUCAUGAGUGCUCCAGCUGCCGGCUGCGAAACUCCAGCUCCAAGUCCUCUCAGUCAGCCCGUGCCGUUGUCUGAGCUGGAAAUCAAACACACAAAGAUCUUCAUAAAUAAUGAAUGGCAUAAUUCCAGCAGUGGCAACAGGUUCGCAACCUACAACCCGGCCACUGGAGAGAAAAUCUGUGACGUGCAAGAAGGCGAUAAGGUGGAAGUUGAUAAGGCUGUAAAGGCAGCCAGAGAUGCCUUCCAGAUUGGAUCAGUGUGGCGGAGGAUGGAUGCUUCUCAAAGAGGAAGGCUCUUAAAUAAACUUGCUGAUCUGAUGGAACGGGAUCGUGUUGUACUGAGUACAAUAGAAUCUAUUGAUGCUGGAAAGCUCUUCCUUCAAGCAUACUUUAUUGACUUAGAUGCUUCAAUUAAAACAAUACGUUACUAUGCUGGCUGGGCUGACAAAAUCCAAGGAUACACAAUUCCUGUUGAUGGUGAUUAUCUCACAUUUACAAGACAUGAACCAAUUGGAGUGUGUGGCCAAAUUAUACCCUGGAACUUCCCAAUGCUGAUGUUUGCAUGGAAGCUUGCUCCUGCUCUUUGCUGUGGCAACACAGUGGUUAUUAAACCAGCUGAACAAACUCCUCUGACUGCACUGUACAUGGGAGCUUUAAUCAAAGAGGCAGGAUUUCCCCCAGGGGUGGUGAAUAUUGUGCCAGGAUUUGGAAGAACUGCAGGAGCAGUUAUAGCCAACCAUAUGGACAUAGAUAAAAUCGCCUUCACUGGUUCUACAGAGACUGGUAAAUUAAUACAGGAGGCUGCUGGCAAGAGUAAUCUAAAGAGAGUAACACUGGAACUUGGUGGGAAAAGUCCAAACAUCAUAUUCGCUGAUGCAGACUUGGACUAUGCUGUGGAGCAAGCUCAUCAUGGUCUGUUCUUCAAUCAGGGACAGUGCUGUUUGGCAGGAUCCAGAAUAUUUGUGGAGGAAUCUGUCUACAAAGAAUUUGUUUGCAAGAGCAUUGCCCUUGCACAGAAGUAUGUUAUUGGAAAUCCUCUAAAUGAAGCUGUCACCCAUGGACCGCAGAUUGAUAAAAAGCAGUACGAUAAAAUUCUCGAUUUAAUUGAGAGUGGGAAGAAAGAAGGAGCUAAACUGGAAUGUGGAGGUUUGCCUUGUGGAGAUAAAGGCUUCUUCAUUCAGCCUACAGUUUUCUCAGAAGUUACAGAUGAAAUGCGCAUUGCCAAGGAAGAGAUCUUUGGACCAGUACAACAAAUAAUCAAGUUUAAAACAGUUGAAGAAGUCAUUAAGAGAGCUAACAACACCCACUAUGGCUUAGUUGCUGCAGUUUUCACCAAAGACAUCAAUAAAGCACUGACCUUGGCUUCAGCUCUUCAAGCUGGGACUGUGUGGGUUAAUUGCUACAGUGCAAUGAAUGUUCAAAGUCCUUUUGGAGGAUUUAAAAUGUCUGGAAAUGGUAGAGAAAUGGGAGAAUAUGGUCUUCAGGAAUACACCGAAGUUAAGACCAUCACCAUCAAAAUUCCACAGAAGAAUUCUUAAAAUAUUGCAAAUUAAAAGUGUUGAAGAAUAGAAAGAGACUGUGAUUUGAGAUUUGUAAAGUCUAAAGAUAAACAUCACAUUUCAUCUCUGUAGUUUCACAAUAAAUGCAGCAGCUGUACUUAAUUCUGUAUGAAAAGAUGUAUUGAAGUAGAAUUUAGCUCUUAGUAUUUACACAGCAAAACAACAAUUAAAAAGAUAUUGUUCUACCAUUUUAUAGUUUGGAAGUUUUGUUUUGAGCAUUUUAGGUUUUUAAUCAUUUAAUAAACGAUUCAUCUUAUGUAACUUUGUCAAUCAAACUAGAGGUCUGUUUCCUCAUUUUUAUUGAUAUAACAAUAUUUGCCUCAAUUUACAAAUCCAUUAAAAUAGCUUUGAAAUACA